UUCUCUCAGGAGGAGUGGAAAUUCCUGGACCGUGCUCAGAGAGCUUUGUACAGGGAUGUGAUGUUGGAGAACUACAGGAACCUGGCCUCCCUGGCAGGAAACUCUAUUCCUGACCUGAAUAUUAUCUCCAUGUUGGAGCAAGAGAAAGAGCCCUUGACUGUGGAGAGCCAAGUGAAAAUAACAAGAAAACCAAAAGGGAGGGAAUGUGUCAAAGAUAUCUCUCCUAAAUGUGUGACCAAGGAAUUACCACCAAAAGGGGAAAGUAAUACAGGAGAACUAUUUCACACAGUGCUGUUUGAAAGACAUGAAAGCCAUGACAUCAAAGAUUUUUGCUUCAGGGAAACCCAGAAAAAUAUACAAGAGUUUGAGUGUCAGUGGAGAGAUGAUGAAAGAAAAUAUAAUGGAGUGCCUGUGACAAAAAAAGAAAAUCUUACUGGUAGAAGACAUCAACAUGAUAGGAGGGAUGCAAGAAACAAGCCCAUUAAAAAUCAGCUUGGCUUAAGCUUCCAAUCAUGUUCACCUGAGCUGCAGCUAUUUCAUGAUGAAGGGAAAACUUAUGAAUGUAAUGAAGUUCAGAACUCUAUCAACAAUGGUUUCUCAGUUUCACCACCCCAAAGAAUUCCUUCUAAUAUCAAAACCCAUAUUUCUAAUAAAUAUGGUACUGAUGUCAUCUGUUCUUCAUUACUCAACCAGAAGAAAGUACGCAAUAGGGGAAAACUUUACAAACGUGAUGAGUGUGCCAUGGCCUUCAGUCACAACUCACAACUCACUUUAUAUCAGAUAAUCCAUUCCAGAGAGAAACAAUAUAAAUGUGAUAUAUGUGGCAAGGACUUUAGCCAAAAAUCAAAUCUUGUACAUCAUCGGAGAGUUCAUACUGGAGAGAAACCAUUCAAAUGUAAUGAAUGUCACAAGGUUUUCAGUCGCAAUUCACACCUUGCAAAUCAUCGCAGAAUUCAUACUGGGGAGAAGCCUUACAAAUGUGGUGAAUGUGACAAGGUCUUCAGUCGUAAUUCAUGCCUUGCACUUCAUCGGAGAAUUCAUACUGGAGAAAAGCCUUACAGAUGUAAUGAAUGUGGUAAAGCCUUUAGUGUGCACUCAACACUUAGUAGCCAUCAGAUAAUCCAUACUGGAGAGAAACCUUAUAAAUGUAAUGAAUGUGGGAAAGCCUUCAGUGAUCGUUCAACACUCUCUAAACAUCAAGUAACCCAUACUGGAGAAAAAUCUUAUAAAUGUAAUGAAUGUGGCAAGGUUUUCAGUCAAACUUCAAGCCUGGCAAUUCAUCGAAGAAUUCAUACUGGAGAGAAACCUUAUAACUGUAAUGAAUGUGGAAAAGUCUUCAGUCAGACUUCAAGCCUUGCAAGUCAUCAGAGAAUUCAUACUGGAGAGAAACCUUACAAGUGUAGUGAGUGUGGCAAAGCCUUUAGUGUGCAUUCAAGCCUAACUACCCAUCAGAUAAUCCAUACUGGAGAAAAGCCUUACAAAUGUGAUGAGUGUGGCAAAGUCUUUAGUCAAAAUUCACACCUUGCAAGUCAUCGAGGAAUUCAUACUGGAGAAAAACCUUACAAAUGUAAUGAAUGUGGCAAGGUCUUCAGUUAUAAAUCACACCUUGCAAGUCAUAAGAGAAUUCAUACUGGAGAGAAACCUUACAAGUGUAAUGAGUGUGGCAAAGCCUUUAGUGUGCGUUCAAACCUAACUACCCAUCAGGUAAUCCACACAGGAGAGAAACCUUACAAAUGUAAUGAAUGUGGCAAAUUAUUUAGUAUGCGGCCAAACCUCACUAGACAUCAGAUAAUCCAUACAGGAGAGAAACCUUACAAAUGUAAUGAAUGUGGCAAAGUCUUCAGUCAAAGUUCAAACCUUGCAAUUCAUCAAAAAAUUCAUACUAAAGAGAAACCUUACAAAUGUAAUAAGUGUGGAAAGGUCUUCUGUCACAAUUCACUCCUCACAGAACAUUGGAGAAUUCAUUCUUGAAAGAAUCCUCAUAAGGGCUAUGAGUAUGGCAACCCCUUCAUCCUGAGUUUAAGGAUUAAUUAAUCGAGAUUAAAGAGUCCAUACUAAAGAGGAAUCAUAUAACUGUAAUUUAUGUGGCAGUCUUCAUCCACAUUUCACAACUCACUAGACAUCAAAAUAUACAUUUUUGAUGAAACCAUACAUAGUGUGCAUGCUGAGGCUGUUACCCAGGGAUCAAAAUUGUGGAAUAUCAGAGGAUUUACACAAGGGAUAACUCAGUCUCUAGUUCUCCAACAUUAACCUCUGAUAUUACAUACUUCAGAACAAUUGCAAAUCAAAAUAAGUUAAAAUUCAUGAUAUGAUACAUAUCAAAGGUACCAGGAUAUUUGGAAAUGUCCUAUUACCUUCAGGUUGUAAAAUACUAUUUUCAAUUAUUUGAGAUUUCUUGAAUAUUUAUGGCUUUUAACUGGAACUUUGAAAUUUGUUGAUAUUAGGCAUCUUUAUAGGCCUUUUAUGGUAGUCCCUGAGCAAUAGUUGGCUGAAAGGCCCUAUUUUAUUAGGUGAACAUCAUUUCUGUUGAAGAUCCUUGAAGGAGAAGGACUCUGCCUUUUAAGAUUAAAUACUGUCUGAAUUAGAGAGCAUGGAGGAGGCAUAGAGAAUAUUGUAAAGCUGUGGUGUAAGUCAUCAUGUACGUUUUUCUCACAGAAGGGCACUCACUAUGGGUUAAAGGAAAGAAAAGCUCUACAAACAAUGUGAAAUAGAGCAGGCCAAGACCUUAGGAGAUGGAUUCUUAUGGGAAGAGACUAAUAUGUUAUUAGGAACUGAUUAUGUGAUAGAAAUAAUGCAGGGAAAAUGGGGACCUCUUUCUCCAUUGAAUGGCAAUAGCUGUUACACACUAAAGAGUGAUGAAAAAUUAGUUUUACUAUUGAAAUUAAAGACAGAAAUUAUCAGGGUGGAAAGUUUAAUCAAAAGAACUGGAAUAGUGUGUUCUUGAAUAGGAUUCACAUUUAACUGCUCUUGUUAUAUUUUGCUACUGUUUUAUUGAGAAUGUAUUAAUAGAUCUCAUGUUUUAAUAAUAAAAUUUAAUUAUUUUUCAAAA